ACUACAUUACCCAGAAUUCAACAAAAACACUACCACCACCACCAGCAGCGGCUCAGUUGUGUCUCGUUCCAGCAGACGACAGAGGCGUCCUCCACUGCGGUGUGUGCUCGAAUGUGCACUCCCUCGAUGGGAUAUACAAGCAAAACCGGGCUUGCCUUUGUGCCUCCGACUGUUUUCCUCUCGGUUCGCGGAUCACCGGCAGGCCGGACACUUGUUCGCCGAGCGAGGUGCACGUCAGCCGGGUGUAUUUGUUCGGACACUGACCGCCUGAGCCUAUGGUGUGUGUAUGUGUUUGACAUGCGUGUGUGUGUUUGACAGCUCGAUGUGUCACGUCGUUGAGGAUAAAAGCUUGCUUAAAUUUGACUUUUUUUUUUUUUUUGGACGUCUGCGGGUGAUGGUCUAUCGGAUGCAAGCUCACGCCCAUGACAUGUCGAUGGAUGUUGCUAUGCUCACUGUGCAGGUUGGGUUACAGUAAAUAUUAUUAUUAUGGUGCAGCCCUUUGGAUGUGGCCUAAAUUACACCUAUCUGUACUGAAAUAUUAUUUAUAUUUAGAUUUCCUUCGCUUUUAUGGAUGAUGCAUGUUAUUUUUCAUCUAGUGUGUAUCUGUAUAUUUAAAUACUCCCUCUUCCUACUACUUCACUGAUGGAUAACAGUAAAAAGCCCACCCAGUCCUGCCACCGUCAUCAAUGUUGUGUCCACUACAGCUGUGGACUGAAAAUGAGGGACCAUCUAGUGGGGGUUCUUUGAGCACCGUGGAUGCAUGCAGGAUUUCGCUUGUGUCGGGAUGUAGAGCACACCCAUCCAUCCAUCCAUUCAUAUAUCCAAUGUUAUUUCCCACUUUAGAGAGAAAGGCCUAUAUUCAUAGAUAUGGCUGACGGGGGAGGAGCAUCGACCCUGGAUAAUGAGGACCCCUCGGAGGAUUUCACUCAGCAUUUUUAUCAGUAAUCUAAGCAUAUUCCCCUAAUCUAAUGACAGACCCUUUGCAUUAUUGCCACUUGAGUGUUGGAGCCUUUAUGGGAAAUUCAUCCGGGAAAGAGUUUUGCAUGGACAGCAGGAUCCAUUAUUGUUUUUUUGUGAAAUCUACACAGACACUUUGGAAGUUAUGAGCCAGUGUUUGAUGAUUUGUGAUAUGAAUUAUGCCUUAAGAAACAAGACACCGGCUGUUCUUAGAAAUAGAUACAAACAGUGGGUGGAUGUGCAGCGUCAUCAUUGUCCCUGAAUGAGCAUACUUUUUCGGAAUACAUGUUACUACCAGUGCAAGUGGAGCUAACAUUUGGGACUAUUUCAUCAACAACAUGCAGAAAUGGGGGCUGGGUACCCCCAGUUCUUUGAUACACUGAACCCCGGUCCCCCUUACUGGUGGUCGAGGAUACCUCGCCUCAGUCCAUGGGCCCAGUGUGUAUAUUGAAGCUGACUUGACAAGAGGGCAGGCUACCAGUAUCCAACAACAAGUCCGGCCCCCAUGAAUCCGUUCGGCAGAGUGAGUACCUCGGCGACCCCCCUGCCCUGCACCAGCUGUGGGGGCUGCUGCUCCCCGCCACCUCCUUGCCUUAUUCCCUCCACGGCAUCCUCAAUGUCUCCGCCACCAUCAUUGUGCGCCGCUCCGGUUAUGCAGGUGGAGAAUGGCAGUAGCUGGAACUCGUCUGGCUCCCCAGACACCCACCCUGGUCACCUGUGUGGGGUGCCGAACCCCUACUGGACGGCUGUGUUUGAUUAUGAGGCCACAGCAGAUGAGGAGCUAACCUUGCACCGUGGGGACCUCCUUGAAGUUCUAUCUAAAGACUCUAAAGUGUCCGGGGAUGAGGGUUGGUGGACAGGCAAGAUCCAGGACAAGGUGGGGAUAUUUCCCAGCAACUAUGUGACAAAGGGGGACGCCCCCAACUACCAGCAACUUACUGUAGAUGGACUGGUAGCUGGUGGGGUGGGCGUGGGUGAAUGCCCGUUGGAGAUAGACUUCUCUGAACUGCUCCUGGAGGAGGUUAUCGGAGCUGGUGGAUUUGGGAAGGUGUAUAAAGGAAUGUGGCAGGAAGAAGAAGUCGCAGUCAAGGCUGCAAGGCAGGAUCCCGAUGAGGAUAUCAGUGUGACAGCAGAGAGCGUACGCCAGGAGGCCAGACUUUUCUGGAUGUUGCGGCACCCUAACAUCAUUGCGCUACGUGGGGUCUGCUUACGGGAACCCAACCUGUGCUUGGUCAUGGAGUACGCCAGAGGGGGGGCUCUGAAUCGUGCCUUGGCUGGAAAAAAGGUGUCCCCGAGGGUCCUGGUGAACUGGGCUGUCCAGAUUGCCACAGGGAUGGACUACCUGCACAACCAAGCGUUUGUUCCUAUCAUCCACAGAGAUCUCAAGUCCAGCAAUAUCCUCAUUCUGGAACCAGUGGAGCGGGACGAGCUGAGUCGGAAAACCCUAAAGAUCACAGACUUCGGCCUGGCCCGAGAGUGGCACCAGACCACCAAGAUGAGCGCAGCGGGCACGUACGCCUGGAUGGCACCGGAGGUCAUCAAGCUGUCGCUGUUCUCCAAGAGCAGCGAUGUGUGGAGUUUUGGCGUGCUACUGUGGGAGCUGCUGACCGGCGAGGUUCCAUACAGAGAAAUAGAUGCACUGGCUGUGGCGUACGGGGUGGCUAUGAAUAAGCUAACACUUCCUGUCCCUUCAACGUGCCCUGAACCUUUCGCUCAGCUUCUUGCAGAGUGCUGGAGUCCGAAUCCCCACAGCAGGCCCUCCUUCACCAGCAUCCACAGGCGACUGUUGGCUAUUGAGCAGUCGGCCAUGUUCCAGAUGCCCCUGGAGUCCUUCCACUCCUUACAGGAGGAUUGGAGGCUGGAGAUCCAGCAGAUGUUUGAUGAGCUUCGAGCCAAAGAGAAGGAGCUGAGGUCUUGGGAGGAGGCCUUGGCCCGAGCGGCAGAGGAGCAAAGAGAGCAGGAGGAGCAGCUCAGAAGGAGAGAGCAGGAGCUGGCCGAGCGGGAGAUCGAUAUUGUCGAGCGAGAGCUGAACAUCAUCAUCCACCAGAUGUACCAGGAGAAGCCCAGUGUGAAGAAGAGGAAGGGUCACUUUAAGAAGAACAGGUUGCUCAAGCUGUGCAGAGAUGGCAACAGCAUCAGUCUGCCCUCUGGCUUUGAACAUAAGAUCACGGUGCAGGCGUCCCCCAGUGUGGACAAGAGGAAGACACAAGGGAGUGAGAGCACCACGCCGCCCGCCAGCCCGGGCGUCAUACCUCGACUGAGAGCCAUACGACUGACCCCCAGUGACGGCAGCAAAACGUGGGGCCGCAGUGCUGUAUGCAAGAAGGAAGACAUGUCAGCUGGCAAGAAGAAGGGACGCACGUGGGGGCCCAGCUCCACCCACCAGAGGGAGCGGGUCGGCGGGGAGGAAAAACUGAAGUCGCUAAGUGAGGGCAGCAAAGUAUGGUCAUCCAGCGCACCCAAUCUUGGAAAGUCGCCCAAACAUGCCCCUAUGACAGUGGGCUUCUCCAGCCUCAGUGAAAUGGAGGAAUGCUGCGAGUUCGAGGAGUCACCAGGUUCCUUACAACCCUCCGAGACCAGCAGUAACGGGGCUGCUGAGGAUUCAGGGUCCCUGUGGAGCACCCUGGGGUCUGGCGUGGCUUCUGCCACUGUGGGGUCAUCAAGUGCGAGCUCCACUCAGGGUUCUGGGGGUGUUGGGGCUACAACGAACCACCAAGACUCGCUGAGACGCUGCAGCCAGAGGAAGAAGAGUGACAUGUUGUUGUUGGGUUGUGCUUCGCUGCUGGCCUCGGUGGGUCUGGGACAAGACCUGCUGCAGCUGGGAAGACUGCAGGUGCUCCAAGAUGAGCAGGACCUCAGAGAGGAGCAGAGGAAGAAGAAAGAAAGUCUUUUCCAGCGAACAGGACGUUUUCGUCGCAGCACCUCUCCCCCCAGCAGAAACCUCUCCCUGUCCCUUUCCCGAUAUCACGACUCAGCACUCUCCUGCUUGGACCCUUCGCCCUCGGUGACGCUCCUCUCCUUGUCCUCGCUCUCGGACUGCAACUCCACCAAGUCUCUCCUCCCCUCCGACCCGGAUGACUACGCCCUGACCCCCGCCAGGAUGCAGGUGGUGCCAGCGGCCCCCUCCCUCAACCCGCUGUUGGACUUACGGACAGAGAGUUUCAAGAAGGAGCCCAACCAGUCGCUCACGCCCACCCACGUCUCUGCGGCCAUGGCGAUGAACAGGGGGCACAGGCGCACACCGUCUGACGGUGCCAUACGACCCAGAGCGCAAACGCUGGUACACCACAGGACGCCAUCUGACGGCAGCAUGCCCAUGCCGCCCCCACCUGGGGUACCCAGUAUUAGGAAUAAUAAAGGUGUGCUGGACACCCUCGACAUCCCUCGCCUCCCAGACCCUUUUGCCAUCUACUCGGCCCCCCACCGCAGAAAGGCCCCAGCACCUCCCACCCACGACCCGACUCCUCUCUGCCUCAUCAGCCCCCUUGAGAGACCCAAGACCCUCGAGUUUGCCGCCCGUCCCCGGCCCACACCAGCCCGGAUGAGAGCAGACCCGUGGAAGCUGGGCACCCUGUCCAGGACCUUGAGCUCAUCGCCGGGAAGCAGCUGCGAAAGCCCCCUCGGAUCGGCGGACAGUGGCGUCCCUGCGACGCGGCCCAAUCUGAUGGACAUGGACGUGGAGGGACAGAAUUUGGACCAUACGGUUCCUCUGUGUGGGAAGCUGCCACCCGCCACACUCUGUGGACAACAGUACACAUAGUGAGGAGACUACAAAGACGCUUUUUUACAGUUUUUUUUUGUGAUGGAAGCCAUCUUGUCUUGUGUGCUGUUCUACUGAGCAUCCUAUAUAAGAAGGUAUGGCACCUUAAAAAACGAGCCCUAACUAACAUGCACACCAGUGAGGGUCAGGAUGCCUCUUAAAAGCCUUGCUCACUGGCCUACAUCCUUCUCAUCUGAUCUCCUGCAAAAAGCCAUUGAAGAAACUACUUGUUGAAUUUCAAUAUGUCUGCCUUCUUUUCCCGUUCCAUCAUUCUUAACACAUGUACAUUCACUAUGUCACCACAGCACUCUUUGGGGGGCGGGGGGCUCCAAAGAACAUCACAAAUAUCUCCCACUAAUCCUCCUCAAAAAACAACGCUCUCUGGCAGCAACCAAAGGACUUGGGCUGGCUUUUUCCACUCUGAUGUUUUGCAUUGGUUUGACAAAGUACUUCCUCUCAGGGUGAAUGUUGAUCACACAACAUUGAUUUACCCAUUCAGUCAUUUACUUUUAACCCUUAGAUGCACGAGUGACUGGACCCAAAUUUUGGUUAGGAAUAAUCACUUGUUUGAUAUUUAGUAUUAUAUUUAGAACCACACAAGAAUGAUUUAAUGUUAGAAACAUCUUAAUUUUUCACUUUUUUACAUCUUUGAAAAAGAAAAUGAUCCCGUACAACAAUAGAAAAUGUGAGAAUUAGGGAUUGACCGAUAUGUUUUUUUGGGGGCCGAUGCCGAUACCGAUUUUGCUUGGGCCGAUAGUUGUGGCCGAUACUGCUUUUGCUCCCUCAAUUUACAUGAAAAAAUGACAAUGAUAACAAAUAUCACAGGUCUCAAGUUUAAACAAAUAUUUAUUGAAAUGUAAACACUGAACACAGUAGGAUUCAGCUUUCUCAAACACACAUUUAAACGGCAUUAUCAACUUAUUAUCAAGGAAUAAAUAUUCAACCUUGUGCAAAACAUUUCUGUUGUAGUUUAAGUUUAUCUAGCAUCGAUGUGAUGACUGAAACAAAAGAGUAAUGCCCAACAAUACAUAUACAUCAUGUUAGCCAGCUAGUGUCAGCUAGUUAUAAAGUAGGCUAAUUUGUUGAUAAUACUAACAGUCAUGAAAGACACAUACACAAUAUUAUAUGAAGAUAAUACUUGUUAUAUUAGCACUUUAUGUGUAAAAUAAUCUUCCUGAGGGAUGACACUUCUGAUAUAGUCUGUGUGGUCUCCAGUUAAUUUAUUCCUGACAGCCAAAUUUGACAAGAAUUAAAGGUUCCUAUUGGAUUCCAUAGAAAAAAUGCAUGCAGGUCAUUUUUGGCCCACUUAUGGAAGGUUGGGGCAGUAACACAAAAACAAAAAAUUAUAAAAGGUAAGCUAAAAAUGUGAAUGGCAUGAUAUCAAAAACAUUUUUUUGAGGAAUACCUGGAAUAUUAAAUGAUAAAAAUUUUUCAUUAUGAAGAUAUUUCUAGAAAACAACCUGACCACGUCACUUUUGACCCACUUAUGCAUCUAAGGGUUAAACACACAAAUUAUUUUACAAAGGAAUAUUAGGGCCACACUGAAUGACAACAAAACAAGAAUAAGGUCACAGGAUUUCCUGAACUAUUACGAAAAUACAACAUUUUUGUGGCCCUGAUACAUAUUUUUGCCUAAAAAGCUCCAUCGAGGGUUCUAUUUGUUCAUCACAUGGUGCAUCCGAGUGUGUUGCGACACUGUCAUGUCUCUGUCCUUCUACAAUAUGUAAUAUUUCUUGCCGGGUGGGGGUCGAACAUUCCUCCUUGGCUCCCUGGAUGCAUGUUUCAAUAUUCGGAGACAACCUUACGUCACGUCUACAACUUCACGCUCACGUUCACACAGGACCACUGAACUCAACACGCACCCUUCAGGACCAGGUGGCACUUUAUAGGAGCCUUGCUUGUGGGCGACUUGCAGCUGACAAAUCAUCGUGGAUCUGACCAGUUGUUUGUAGCAAUGGACUGGGCUGACCGUGCUAGUUAGAUUCCUGUGUUUGUGUGUGUGAGUGUAUUUGUUAUAUGUAUGGAAUGAAGUUGGAAGAGUUGUCCUGUGAUCAUGUACAAUGAGUAUUUAUUAUGAGAUCUAUUGUUAUUGGAAAUAAUUAUUGCUACCAUGCUUUUUUUCCAGGGAUAUCUGUAUAUAUUUGUUAAUAUAAUAUUAAGGGCAGGGAGGAAAUAUGACGUAUUGAAUCAUCCCUGCCGUUUUUUGGGGCGGUGGUUAAAUGAAGAAUAAAGUGUGUCAUGUGAUGAAUGGUUGACAUGAGAGAUGAAUAAUAAAAAAAAAGAAAGAUGCUUCAGUGUUAG